GCGGCCCCGGCCCGGAGCUGGGUGGCCGCGCCCGCCGCACAAAGCCGUAGCUCGGUUCCGCCCGUCCCCCCCCCCUCCUCAUCCUCAUCCUCGGGGGGGGCUCUUUGUGGCGGCGGGGCCCGGCGGAACCAUGCCCAGGUCGUUCCUGGUGAAGAAGGUGAAGCUCGAUGACUUCCCCGCCGGGCUGGACGCCCCGUACGGCCGCGCCCGCGCCGAUUUCGGCUCCCGGUUGCACGAGAAGGGGUACCUCACCGACUACAUGGCUCCGUCCGCCUUCGAGGGCGACACCGAGGCUGCUCUCAAGGUGCCAUCCCCGGGCUCGCUGUACCCCGGCGCGGCCGAUUCGGAGCCCCCCGACAGCCCCCACUCGGGCAUGGCCGGGGGUUACAUCAACGGCGACGCCGCCGUCAGCGAGGGUUACUCGGUGGACGCUUUCUUCAUCACGGACGGCCGGUCGCGACGCAAGGUGAGCUCGGCGACAUCCCGGAACCUGCCCCGCCACACCUGCGGGGAGUGCGGCAAGAGCUACGCCACCUCGUCCAACCUGAGCCGCCACAAACAGACCCACCGCAGCCUGGACAGCAAGAUGGCCAAGAAAUGCCCCACGUGCGGCAAGGUGUACGUCUCCAUGCCGGCCAUGGCCAUGCACCUGCUGACGCACGACCUGAAGCACAAGUGCCAGGUGUGCGGCAAGGCCUUCAGCAGGCCCUGGCUGCUGCAGGGCCACAUGAGGUCCCACACCGGGGAGAAGCCGUUCGGCUGCGCGCACUGCGGCAAGGCCUUCGCCGACCGCUCCAACCUGCGCGCCCACAUGCAGACGCACUCGGCCUUCAAGCAUUUCAAGUGCAAGCGGUGCAGCAAAACGUUCGCGCUCAAGUCGUAUCUCAACAAGCACUACGAGUCGGCCUGUUUCAAAGGGGGGGCGGCGCCGCUCAGCCCGUUGAGACCCUGAGGGACCCCUCCUCAUCGUCUUCCUCUUCUCCUCAUCGCCCUUCUCUUCCUCGUCUUCUUCCUCCUCCUCAUCAUCAUCGCGUCACGGCCCGGGGAAUUCGGGGAUCCGAAGGGAGAGGUUGUUCCCCCCCUCAAUCAAGAAUUCGGGAUGGGUGAGGUCGGCGGUGAAGCGGAAGGGUUUAAAAAUUAAAAAUUGUUCUGUCGGGAUUCAUCGAGAAAAGUUUACCUGUCGGGAUUGACCUCCAAAAUUCACCUGUCAGGACUGACACUUCAAAUUUCACCUGUCGGGAUUGACCUGUCGGGAUUCACCUCUCAAAAUUCACCUGUUGGGAUUCAUUCUGAAAAUUUCACCUGUGGGGAUUCAUCCUGAAAAAUUUCACCUGCCAGAAUCGACCUGUCGGGAUUCAUCUUUCAAAAUUCACCUGUCGGGAUUCAUCCUGAAAAAUUUACCCAUCAGGACUGACCCGUCAAAUUUCACCUGUCAGGAUUCAUCCUGAAAAUUUUACCUGUCGGG